UGUAGAGCAGUCUAUCCUCACAGAUCACACCUCCUUUCCAUCUCUCUGCUCUUCCUUGUCAUCAUUACUUUUCUUUCAAGUCUUUUUCUUCUUUGCCGUUUGAAACGGAGCAGGGGAAAGUCGCUGGCGUUGGCGGACGGCGACGGGCAGCGGUUGGCGAGCGCGUUCGCGUCGCGGUCCCUCUCCGUCCGCACGCUCCCUGCAGCCAACGGGGCGUCCUGCGGCAACCAGGCCUUCCCCUCGGACGAAAAUCCGUGCACCACCAGGAACCCCCUGUACCAGGGCGGGGACACCCCCGGGACGUCCCGGAGGGGGAGGAGCCUGACGCGGUUCCACUCGCCCCCGCUGCCGAGCGCGAGGCGUGAGGGGGGCGGCGGCAGGGCGGGGCGGCUCUGGAGCCUGCCCGUCCCGCUCCAGCGCGGGUGGGUCUGCGAGGCGCUGAGGAGGCGGCCCGCCCCGGAGCCGGCUGAUUGGGAGCUGCGGCUGCUGAAGGCGGAGCUUAGGGACAGUAAGGACGAGCUGGACCACGCCCGCGGGCAGGGCAGCUGGAGCGCGGAGCCCAGGCUGACGGUCCGAGAGCAGGCCCGGCAGUUUGAGCAGCAGGCCCUGCAGGACAGUACGCCCCGCUCGGGCCGGGACUCCAGGAACUCCCUCCUCUCCCGAAGUUCCACGGGGGACACGGGGGGCGCUUGGGACCUCCCCGAACACCUGCUGCUGGCCCUAGGGAGCCCGAGCAGCCCCAGGAGCUCGCCGGGGUGCGGGGACGUCCCCCCCAGCAUCGCCAUGGUCGCCCUGAGCAACCCCACCCCGCCCCCCGCCCCCCGGCCCACCCCGCCGGUGCUGCGCAAGUUCAGCUCCAGCAUCUGCAGCUACGUCACCGUGGAGCCCGGCCAAGUCAGGGUGGAGAUCCUGCCAGACCUCCCCGCUCCAGAAACCCCGCCCCCACUCCCACCACCGCCACCUCUGCCAUCGCCGCAGUCUCUGCAGGCCCCUCCUCCGCCCUCUCUCUCUCCCUCUCCCACUCCCGCUCCAAAAACUCCGCCCCCCUCCCACCCCUCCUCCCGCCUCUGCCAUCGCCGCACCACCUGGCCCCCGCCUCCCCAUUCGUCCUGCCGCCGCUGCCCCCGGACGUGUCCCUCCGGCCGGUCUCUUUGCGCCCCGUGCCCCCCCUCCCCCCGGCCGGAGGCCCCGAGGACAGAACCGAAGGGGGUCCUCCGGAACCUCCAGAACCUCUCGGACAUCGAGAGGUCCGUCGCCAACAUGUACGGCCAGAUAGACAGAAACAAGACCCCGCCCCCGGGCGUCCAGAAGCCACACGCGUCUGCUGAGGACGACGCCCCCCCACCUCGGCCUUCCACGCAGCCUGCCCACCCAAAUCCCAGCAUGCACUGCACUUUGGAGGAAGCGGGGAAGCGACUUCCUUCUCAGGCUCCCGCCCACUGA